UGAAAAAUAUAAUAUCUUGGUACAAUUGAUUUUCAUUGUUUCCGCGCCUAAAUAUCGUGAAAAAGGCGGGCAAAUUCCUAGAAACUACCUCGAACCCACGACAAGUGCGCGAGUGAAGGUGAAACGUGGCAGAAUCACAUUGAAAGCUCGGAAAAUCCCGUAAAACUUGCAUUAAAUUCAGAACUCCAGGCUCGAUCAGGCAACAAUCCGAUUCUCCAUCCAUCAAUCCCAGCUGCAAUCAGUAUAUACCCGUAUAUAAAUAAUGUCGCAGCCAACAGUCACUUCGUUUUUCCACACGCGCAAACGACAAGCGACCGAUGAACUGAGAAAUAAAUCCAAAGUUCGUAUUCUGGAGCAGGAGAGAACGAGUUCCAAGGCCAUUGAGGUUAGUAAACCAUCGAAGAGCGAUGAAUCCAGUGGCUCAAUGAGCCCGAAACUAGUGUUUACGUCCUCUGAAGUUAAAGCAGAGAAGAUAAAUUCGGUAGUAAGGAACAUUCAGUUCGAUGGUAAAUCAUCCCCAAGAGCCAGGAUGACGACGAGGGCUAGAGCCACCCGGAACAGAAAGGGAUCAGCUCAUGAGGGACAGCAGGACAUUCGUGAUUCCUUCCAGAAGAUCACUGAAGAGAAAACAAGUAAAAAUGUCAUCUUCGAAAAGAAGGGACUAUUGAGUCCUAGGAAAGCUGUAUUCAUUCCCAGUGAUACUCGGAAAAUUUCUGAAGCUAGUGAGGAACCAGCUGCUGGGUCAACAACGCCAAAAAGGAGCCUAGAGAAAGUUGGGAGAACUGAGUUAAGUCUUCGCGAGAUAAAGGAUAAGAUCAAUAGGUCCUCGAGAUUGGCCGAGCUGAAGGCCUCCAUUGACAAAAUUAAGAGAUGUGAAGAAAAACUCAAGGACAUUAGCAAAAAUGAGAGUGACAAAGGAAUGCCACCAAAGAUGAGAAAAUUCGAGAGGAUCGAGCUGGAAGUACCGGUAAGCCCUCAGAAGGCAACCCGAUCCCCUCUGAAGACUCCGACAAAGUCCAUAAGACUCUGUUCAGGUGUUAGUCCUCAGAAGAGAUUGCUUUUUGAACCGAAAGAGACAACACCUAGUCCUGUCAAAUCCAGUCCAACGAAGAUUCCCGCUUAUCAGAGGUAUCAGUCCAUCGUUGAUACUGCAACACCAGCUCUCACAUUACCCUUCAGCUAUCGAUUUUUGGGGGAGGUCUUCAGAUGUAUCGACACCGUUGCAGGCAUGCUUUUCAAUAGGAAAGAGAUCAUUACCUUCAAAAAGCUUAAACCUGCUGUACAGGAAUUGUUGAGGAGAAAUUUUACGGUGGAACAUCUUGCCCAGGUGCAGACGGUUUUUCCCGAAGCUUUUGCCUUGACUAUGGAGAAAAUAAGGUCCUUUGGCUCGGCUACCAAACAUGAGAAGUAUGAACUCGUACUUACACCCUUAAUCGAAGAAAAGAGUGGAAGAAACACUCCGGAUGGAGAUGAUAUUAUCAAGUCUGCUAUCGAGAUGAGUAUGGGGCCUACGGUGCUCUUGGAGAGGAGAAGGAAAUUUUAUAAUGCACUUUUAGAACGUGUGAAGACCGAGCACGAGAAAUUUCUCCUCAACCUGGAGAAUCCUAUGGUGAUUCCCAAGGAGAAAAUAACUCGAUGGCAUCCAGAAUUUGACGUCGACAAUUGUCCACCAAUUGAACAAGCUGCAUUGCCUCAGCCCCCCAACGUUGACAAAGCAACAUCAGCUCAUGAUGUUCUCGAAAAGGCAAAGAGUCUCUUCAAUUGUAAUACUAGAAUGGAAAAAGCCCUUCAGCGUCUCGCUGAGGCGAAAAUGACAUCCACCAGUCAAGGUUUACCAGCAACUACAGAAGUGGAAUCCAAGAGAAUGGUUGUUACUGUUGAUACUCCACCAGCUACACCACAAACAGAUAGAAAGACUCCUAUUAAUCCAGCUCUUAAGGGAAUCCCCUUGGCUCUUCUUGAGAAGGUUCGGGCUAAACAAGCGGCAAAGGCACUGGAGGCAAUGACAAGAACGCCAAAUGAGGACAGAGAGGCAGCUUUACACGCACGUCUUCCGGAGAUGUCGAAAAUUUUGAGAAAUAUUUUUAUAGCUGAGAAGAAAGGAGUUCUAGCACUCGAGUUUGUCAUUCUCAAGCUCGAUAAUUCGUAUAGAACUAAAAUGACACCCGGAGAACUCGAGGAACAUAUCAAACUCAUGUGUAAACUGUUGCCCUCUUGGGCUAGUAUUCAAAAUGUUAGGAAGACUAAUUAUCUCAAGAUUGCUAAAGACGUUGACAUUGCCAAGGUCGUAAAACGAUUUGAAAUCAUGGCUAACGAUAAAAUUAAAGGUUGAUCUCGUGUCCAUGUACUUAUGUUUAUUCAUUUAGGUUAAUUUCACUGUGGGAUGAAUACCGACUGCAUUAUUUUUUAUUCAUGUUUUCAAUUUAAAAAAAAAAGUUGUUUUGCCUGAAGCUGACUGGAAGCACGUUAUGAAGUUCAAUUAAUUUUUUUUUCACGCACGACGACAUUUAAUGAGAAUAGGUUUAAUUCAAUAUUUUCAAUUCAUUAUAGUUAUUCCUGACUUUUUGGGAAUUCUUUUUUGUUUUAAGCCCAGCGUAUCGCUUUGGAAUUCAUUUUUUCUUGUAUACCCUAUUGAUCGGAAUAAAUUUUUCAUUCUAA